AUGGGGGAGGGUGAGACGGGUGGUGUUGCCGCAGCGGUGGGGGCGACCCCGGUCUUGCCGCAGCAGAAGCGACGAAAUCACCCGACCGCUGUGCAGGGAACCAACGACAACUCCAUUCUCAGCAAAUGCAGCAUGGCGCAGCUGGGCUACUUUGAUGACCCCUUUCUCGCGGAAAUGGUGCAGCGCGUCACGCGACGCUCUCCCAUUAUCAAUCGUGGUUACUACAUUCGGGCUAAAGCCGUGGACCACAUCAUGUCGGCGUUUUUGCAGCAGCAUGCUGACGCCGCGCCCCAAAUCCUCAGCCUGGGUGCCGGCUUUGAUGCCACUUUCUUUCGACUCAAGGCUGCCGGCUUGCUGCCGCCGGGCAGUGUCUACUUUGAAGUUGACUUUCCCACCCUGAUCCAACGCAAGACCGCCCUGAUCCAUCAAUCAUCGCGGCUGAGUGCACAUCUGCCCGAAGCCCCGAUUACUUCUUCAGAUGCACUUUCGGAUCUCAACACCCCAGCGGCACAGGAGGCAUUGACUCAACUACGUGAGCAGCAUCUUGACCGCGCCGCCAAAAAGGCCGCAGCCAAUAAUGCUGCCCAGGCUUCCGACGCUGAUUCUGCCUCAGAACCCGACCUGGCGACGCUGCUGGGCCACGCGUUGCUCUACGAGGACUACCGUGCCGUUGGCGUCGAUCUAUGCAAGGUCAAGCAGCUGCGGCUUCGCCUGCAAGCCGCUGGUCUCUUGCCCGAUCGCCCAACCCUCGUUCUGAGCGAGUGCGUUCUCACCUACGUCGGCCCGAAACCAGCUUUUGCCGUUGUAAAGUGGAGUGCCGAGUACCUGUCCAACGCUAUUCUGGUCAACUAUGAACAGAUCGAGCCAGACGAUGCCUUUGGCCAUUUUAUGCAGGGUCAUUUCACUCGCAUUGGGUCGGCUCUCAAAGGUAUUGGUACCUACCGCACACCACGCCACCACAAUGAGCGCAUGAUCCAGGCGGGGUUUACCACGGCCGAGGCCGCUACAAUGGGCCAGUUUUACCGUUUCCUUCUUUCUGAUGAAGAGCGAUUGCGUGUUGAUGCGCUCGAGCCUUUUGAUGAGCACGAGGAAUGGCAGCUCAAGUGCCUGCAUUACAUUAUCUGCGUUGCCGCCAAGGGCAACAAUCUCGUCAACUUUCCGCGCAACACGUUGGCCUCGUGUCUGCGCUCAGUAUCCAUAUCUGCCGAGAGCUAUUUGAACGAUGCGGCCUUACCCCCACCGGCGACGCCUGCCGUCACCAUGGUCGCACCGCUUGGCGAGAUCUGCGCUUCAGCCGAGAACGUGGUGGCUGGCGACCUUCAACGUUUUGGUCACGCCUCAUUGGCGACCGCCAAUGGCCUCCUCUUGCACGGCGGCAUGGGCGGUGUGCAACACCAGCGUCAAGACAACGUCUUGUGCUUUUUGCCUACCCUAGCCGGACUACGCCUUGGGCCCAUUGUCUCUGGAAAUGGGGCGCGCAUGCAUCACACGUGGACGCCAGGUGCUCAAGGCCAAGCUCUGCUGUGUGGUGGUCGCACGUCUCCUGCUCGGCCCUGCACAGAUGCCUGGUUGCACCAUAACACGGAUCAAUGGCUAGCACUCUCGGUCGACAACAAGCAGCUCUUGGCCCGUUGGCGUCAUACGUGCGUCUUCCUAGCGGAUUCUACCCAGGGUUACCUGCUCAUUGGUGGGCAAACUGCUUCGCGAGAGCGGCCAUCUCCCCGCAGCUGUGACGACCCGGUCGUCUGGGUCACCUUGGAUGUGCCCAAUGCCACUGCGAAAGUGGAAACCUUGGCUGUGACGUCGGCGCCAGGUGCUUCACGGCACAGCGCUGGGCUAGCGCGCCAUUCACACUGCUGCGCCGCGCUGGCCGACGCUUCCGCCGUGAUCUACGGUGGCCUCGAUGAGACGGGUCACAUCCUGAGCGAUGUUCUGCGAGUUCAAAGGGCGAGCGACAGCGCUACCCUUGUGGUGCAAAAGCUGCAGUUUCAGCCCGCCCUUCCUCCCCGCUUUGGCCACAAGGUCAGCGCAGACGUCGCCACGGCCACCAUGUUGAUCAACCACAGCGUUGCCGCUGUCGAAGACCAGGUUUAUAUCACCUGCGGUGGAGGAAACUGCUUCUCCUUUGGUACCCAUUUCAAUCAGCACAUGCUCCACGUGUCUGCGACCGAUUUGCUCGCGGUUUCUCGGCCUAGUGUUCCGAUCACGACGAGCCACACACUGACUGAAGGGGCCUUUGCAGUGCGAUUAACCGAGCGCCAGCCUUUCCUCGUGCGCGACUGUGCCUUUGGUGUGGCCACCGCCUCGUGGACAGCCGAACACCUCUCGAGCCUAGUGGGAGACCGCGAAGUGUCGGUGCAUGUGGGCGAAGACUGUAACAUGGACUUUACCACCCGCAACUUUCGGCCCAUGUACCUGCGAAGCAUGGGAAAGAAUUUUCGCAAGGAUGUGAGCAACAUUGAGCAGACCUUUCCUGAGGUGGCCGCUGAAUUUGCAUUACCUAGCUGCGUGCCAUCAUGGAUUAUGGGCGAAAAGCUCUUCAGCACGGCCUUGAGGGUGAGCUCGCCCGGCGUACAGCUCUGGACGCAUUAUGAUGUCAUGGACAACGUGCUCUGCAACGUGCGUGGGCGCAAGCGGGUGGUCCUGUUUCCCCCCGAACAGGCAGGCAAUCUGUACUUGGAGGGCUCGUCGAGCCGGGUUGUUGACAUUGAGCGACCCGACCUCGAGGCCUUUCCUCGCUUUGCUACGGCCAUGGCCCAUGCCCUGGAGCUCAUUCUCGAGCCAGGUGACAUGCUUCACAUCCCAGCAUUGUGGUGCCACAACGUCCGAGCUUUGGAGCCCUGCAUUUCGGUCAACGUGUUUUGGAAGCACCUGGAUGAUGCAGCCCUGUAUGCAUCGAAGGACCUGUACGGCAACAAGGAUGUCAAGCCCGCUGCCGAGGCGCUGCGCCUCGCGCAUGAUGCGGCUGAACGCUUGCAAACCUUGCCGGCCGACCACGCUGCGUUCUAUGGUGCCUACGCGACCGCCCUUCUGCAGCCGACCAACCCUUGA